UGUCUUCGACGCUGGGUGGCAGCGAGUCAAUUCCCCAUCACUUCGCCACAGUUCCCCGAACGAGCGACCCGGCCGGAGAUGACGGCCAGCCCCUGCUGCCGCCCCGGCUCGCCGGCGGCGGCCCCGCUGGAGGACGAAGACUUGCUCACCGAGAUCCUCCUCCGCCUCCCGCCACAGCCCUCCUCCCUUCCCCGAGCCUCCGCUGUCUGCAAGCGCUGGCUCAGCCUCGUCUCCGACCCCCGCUUCUCCCGCCGAUUCCGCCUCCACCACCGCCGAAACCCUCCCCUGCUCGGCUUCUUCGACACCUACUCCGGCCUCACCUUCCACCCAGCCCUGGACGCCCCCAACCGCGUCCCGCCGGGCCGUUUCUCCUUGCAGCGCGACGACAGCGACGUAGUCAUCACCCUGGGAUGCCGGCACGGCCUCGUACUAAUGUUGUACCGGAGCCAGAAUCAGGUCCGGGUAUGGGACCCCGUCACCCGCGACCACCGCCGCAUCGACAUUCCCGCGCCGUUCGACGCCAGGGACACCGUGAUCAACGGCGCGGUGCUUCGUGCCACCGGAGACGCCCGCCACUUUCAGGUGGUCUUGGUAGUGGCAGGCGACGAAGACGAGCUACCUCGACGAGUGCUCGCCUGCGUUUACUCGUCAGAGACCGGCGUAUGGGGUAAUCUCAUCUCGACGCCGGUUUCACCCUUCAGUCAGAACACAUCGCUUACCAUGGCUUAUAUGUCCAUUUUGUCAGCACUUGUUGUGGCUUGCGCGCCUGCUGUGCUUGUUGGGGAUUCCCUUUACUGGACUCUUGUUGGGGACUAUGCUGGAAUUCUCGAGUUUGAUUUGGAGAGGCAGACCCUUGCUGUGAUACCAGUGCCAGCUGGGAUGAUUGAAGAGGGCGAUGAACUAACGGCUAUGCGGGCAGAGGGUGGUGGGCUAGGUUUCCUCUUUGUAUCAAAGUCAGACUGCACCGCCCAAUUAUGGAAGCUGAAUAAAGAUUGUAAUGCUCUUCUUUCAUGGGUGCUGGGAAGAACUAUUGAACUGGACAAGCUGUUUUCUCUGAAAUCAAGGGUGGAGAGAGAUUCCCUGGGAAUGCUAGGGUUUGCUGAGUACAGUAAUGUGGUGUUACUCUCGACACGUGCUGGUCUAUUCAUGGUCCAGCUCGAGUCAUUGCAGUUCAAGAAACUUCCCCAAGCAGAAGUCUUGUCUAGCCGACAUCCAUUUGAAAGUGUGUAUACUGCGGGUAAAAGCAUGCCAUUACACAGUUACAAUGCAGAGACACGCAUAGGUGAUGGACAUGAUGAAGCUCAAAUUUAGCACACUACAUAAGACGAUUGUCCUGUUGGAUAUUGGCUCAGCAGGAAUGGACUUGUUUGCUGAUGGUUCUUCCAUUUGGUAACUUCACAUGGUUUGACCAUCUACAUAGCGUGCACUAGUCAACUGGGAUAAUGAAGAUACAUUGACUUGCUUCCAUUAAGUAGCACUUACCUAGUUCCCUUGUGGUUUAUUUGCUAUGUGCUUUCCAAGCAAGCACGUUGAUGCAAGCUUGGCUGCCUAAUGAUCUUUGCUUAUACUUUUGUGUGUGUUCAUCUUCUCUACUGUUUUCAUUUGAUUAUGUUCUUCUAUGUUGUAUAAUGUUGGGAGAUUGAGACGUAGAAUUUCUGCCCUCAUCCUA